CAUUCAUAAACUGUAAAAGAAUACAACCUUUUAGCCUCAGCUCAUAUAAACUACAGAAUAUGAAUAUAGGUAUUGUUUUUGGAUCAAUUUAAGUAUCUCUUUGAGUCUAGAAUCAAGCAUCACGGUUUCUCUCUCUCUCUCUCUCACUGUACAAAAACUCAAUACACAUUAAUAGAGACUUAAUUAAGUACUACAAGCCAAUCAGCAACAACAGCAACUCUUCAAAUCUUUGCCUUCAUCUUGAAGAAUAAUAAUAAGGAGCAACAAGGCAAAGGUGCAGCCUCAUAUCUGAAACUCUUCAAUGCUCAACUCGACCUUCUCAAUUUCUUCUCUCAUGGUCUAGUUUUUGGCAUUGGUUUACUCAUUGGUAUCACACUCACUUUCUUUCUCAAGAACUUAUCCUUCGUCAACUUUCAAAUCCAACAAUUCUCCCUCUCAUCCAAUAGCCUCAUGAAACCACCACCUUCUUUGUCCCCCUCUCCUCCAUACUCCUUCAACAUCUCAUUAUUAACAUCAAAUAACCAAACAAAAAAUAAAUUUCAGUACUUCGAGGGAUUAGUCUCUAACUCUCGGUUAAGAAACGACCAAACCAAACCUUCUUCUUCCAAUUCGUCCUCGAUCAACAAAAAAAGGGUUAUGAACUUCACCAGAGUAGGGUUGAGGGAAUUCUUGAAGCCCCCCAUGGCCAUGCAUGAUAUGAGUGAUGAAGAGUUGUUGUGGAGAGCCUCCAUGGUUCCUAUGGUUCAUAAACUCCCAUUCAAACAAACCCCUAAGAUUGCAUUUAUGUUUUUGACAAAAGGUCCUGUGCUAUUGGCUCCUCUAUGGCAGAGAUUCUUCAAAGGAAAUGAAGGGCUGUAUUCUAUCUACGUCCAUUCCUAUCCUUCUUUCAAUGAAACAGUGCCUGAAAGCUCUGUGUUUCAUGGCCGCAAUAUCCCCAGCCAGGAGGUAAGGUGGGGUGAGAAUAGCAUGAUAGAGGCAGAGAGACGCCUACUAGCCAAUGCACUUGUUGAUUUCACCAACCAACGUUUUGUACUUCUCUCAGAGUCAUGCAUUCCUUUGUUCAAUUUCUCCACCAUCUACACUUAUCUAAUGAACUCAACCAAGACCUUUGUGGAAGCCUAUGAUCUGCCAGGUGAAGUGGGCCGUGGCAGGUACAGUCCCCAAAUGAGGCCUCAAAUUAGGCUCUCCCAAUGGAGAAAAGGGUCCCAAUGGUUCCAAAUAGACCGUUCUCUUGCCCUUCAAAUAGUCUCUGAUCACCAAUAUUUCUCAGUGUUCAAGAAGUAUUGCAAACCUAGUUGCUAUAGUGAUGAGCACUACUUGCCAACUUUGGUUAGUAUCAAAUUUUGGAAGAGAAACUCUAAUAGGACCUUGACAUGGGUUGAUUGGUCAAGGGGUGGACCUCAUCCUUCAAGGUAUUUCAGAACAGAUGUUACUAUUGAGUUUUUUAACAAGUUGAGGUUUGGAAGGUCGUGUGAGUACAAUGGACGUACCACCAAUAUUUGCCAUUUGUUUGCAAGGAAGUUCACACCUCAUGCUUUGGAUAGACUGCUGCGAUUUGCUCCAAAGAUCAUGCAAUUCAAUUGAAUUAUAUAUUGUUUCUGCUUAUUGUCUUUAAUUUUGAUUGUUCAUAUGAUCAUUUUUUUA